AGGACACGGUGGUUCUAGUCUCAGCAGGGGAUUGCACACAUAGACCAUGGCGUCUGAAAAGCCGAUACUUUACAGCUAUUUUCGAAGUUCCUGCUCUUGGAGAGUGAGAAUUGCACUGGCUCUCAAAGGAAUUGCCUAUAACCAGGUGCCAGUGAACCUGCUGAAGGAUGGGGGGCAGCAGCAUUCUGCUGAAUACAAGACUCUGAAUCCAAUGCAGCAAGUUCCAACCUUGAAAAUUGAUGGCAUCACCAUUUCUCAGUCGCUAGCUAUAAUUCAUUACCUAGAAGAAACCCAGCCUAACCCCAGGCUCCUGCCCCAAGAUCUAAAGAAAAGAGCCCAAGUCAGAAUGAUCUCGGAUCACAUCGUCUCCGGCAUUCAGCCACUUCAGAACCUGAGUGUCCUGGAACGAGUCGGGGAGAAAAAAAUGGAAUGGGCUCAGCACUGCAUCAAGUCUGGCUUCCAAGCGCUGGAGCAGAUUCUGCAGCACACUGCUGGGCGCUACUGUGUGGGCAAUGAGGUGUCCAUGGCUGACUUGUGCUUGGUGCCUCAAGUUUUCAAUGCUGAAAGAUACAAAGUGGACCUGGCUCCAUAUCCCACAAUCAUGAGAAUCAACAAAGCUCUGCUAGAGCUGGAGGCAUUCAAAGUCAGCCACCCAGCCCGGCAGCCAGACACCCCUGCAGAACUGCGAGCUUAAAGCUCUUUUACCCACUAAAUCAAGAGCACUGGGACAGCAAUGAGGACACGAGCUAAAGGCUGAACAGGAUUUAGGUGCCAGCAGGAAAUAUUCAUGUAUCAUUAUCAUGUGGGGAGAGGAAGGAGUGAGGGAGAGCCCUAUUGUUCCAGAAGGAACCUGAAUGAUUCAAAAAAGUGAUCACUGUGCUGGUAAGAUUGCAGCUACUUCAGACUGUAUUUCUAUAAGUAUUUCUAUUUCAUAUCCCUCCAUGAAACA